AUGAGUCGCAGGAGUGAAGAACGGGAAGAAUCAGAGCUUGCUCUGCUCAGCAAUGAUGACGCGCAAUCUACCAGCGAGAUCGAUGAUCUCGAGGCCAAUACGAAAGUUAAUCAAACCAACAAAGAUGUCGAACCCGAAUACCAAACGCCCACCACAUUGAAGGCCAUCUGGCUCACGGCGUACUUUGGACUCAGCAUGGCCCUGACUAUCUAUAAUAAAUUUAUUUUAGGAUCGUUCAAAGCUCCAUGGCUCCUAACCUCCCUCCACACAUCUGUCUCCGCACUUGGGACACCCGUCAUGUUGAAAAUGGGGUACUUUAAGCUCUCAAAACUCAGUCUGAGGGAGCACCUCAUUCUGGGUGCAUUUUCUGUGCUCUUCACAUCGAACAUUGCCAUGUCAAAUUUAUCAUUGUCGCUUGUUUCCUUAGCAUUCUUCCAGAUUAUCCGCAACACCGUGCCACUAUUCACCGUUCUGAUCUACCGAAUUUGGUUUUCUCGAUCCUAUGCCACGGCAACGUAUCUAUCUUUGGUUCCGAUCGUGGUUGGUGCUGGAAUGUGUACCGCGGGCGACUAUAAUUACACAAUCCUCGGUCUAUUGGUCACAAUUGGAGGUGUUAUAUUGGCGGCAGUCAAGACUGUGACCACCAAUCGUCUAAUGACCGGCUCUCUUGCCCUUCCCUCCAUGGAGCUACUUUUCCGAAUGUCGCCCCUUGCAGCGGUUCAGUCGUUCGUCUUCGCGGUUAUUGCUGGGGAGCUUCCGUUGGUCUCCAAGGCCAUGGCUGAGCGGACGGAGAAUGCCUCCGCUUUUGCGAUCAUUGCGACUGUUCUCUUCGUUCUUGGCAACGGUUGUCUUGCAUUUGUGCUGAACGUCUCGAGUUUCCAGACGAACCGACUCGCUGGAGCUCUUACCAUUACCGUUUGUGGCAAUCUCAAACAAGCUGUCACGCUUGCGCUGGGUAUUGUGAUUUUCGGUGAUUUUUCCAUUAACAUUCUGAAUGGGCUCGGUAUAUCCUUGGUGUUGGCUGGUUGUGCAUUCUUCAGCAAAGUGGAGUUGGAUUCCAAGAAGCGGGUAGCUUCGGCGUAG